AUGGUCACUGGAUCAAGCGAUCAUCAGAAGCAGCAGAAGCAGAGGGAUGACGCUCCGGCGAGCGACAGCACUUUCAUCAGGAUGAAUCAGCUCGAUAUCCAUGGCGAUGAUGCUGGAUCUUCUCAAGCGGCGGCGGAGGAGGGUAACAAAAAGAAAAAGAGGGGAACACGAGCUGUUGCUGGCGAUAAAAGUGGCAGGGGCCUUCGACAGUUCAGCAUGAAAGUCUGCGAGAAAGUUGAAAGCAAGGGGAGAACCACUUACAACGAGGUUGCAGACGAACUUGUUGCUGAAUUUGCAGAUCCAGGCAAUAAUAUAGGGCCUCCAGAUCAGCAACAGUAUGAUGAGAAAAACAUAAGGAGGAGGGUGUAUGAUGCACUGAAUGUGCUUAUGGCAAUGGAUAUCAUCUCAAAGGAUAAAAAAGAAAUUCAGUGGAGGGGUUUACCUCGAACUAGCUUAAAUGACGUUGAAGAACUGAAGGCAGAACGUGUUGCUCUGAAGAGUAGAAUUGAUAAGAAAGCAGCAUAUCUGCAAGAACUGGAAGAUCAAUACAUAGGCCUUCAGAAUUUGGUGAAUCGUAAUGAGCAACUACAUGGAGAUAAUCCCCCAGGUGGAGUUGCUUUGCCUUUCAUCCUGGUUCAGACUCGACCACAUGCAACCAUUGAGGUGGAAAUAUCAGAAGAUAUGCAGCUGGUGCAUUUUGACUUUAAUAGUACUCCUUUUGAGUUGCACGAUGAUUCAUAUGUUCUGAGGGCAAUGAGACUAUCUGAACAAGAACACAAUGACGGUGACCAUGAGCCUCAUUCAAUUAUUUGCGACAGCUCCAGCACGCAGGGAUUAUUUUCACCUCCAAGGCCACUUAUAAGACCCAACUCGCAAGGAAAGGUGCCUAGUUCACCUCAGAUUCCAGGAAUACUAAAAGCCCGAGCGUUCAAGCCUGAACACUAGCAUGCAAAGUUUAGCUAUAUGUGCUAUUUGAGCUAUAUGUCAUUAUCUUUUGAUUCUUUUUGUGUAUAGUGCAAAAGUAAUAGCAGCUGCGAGUUAUAGCAGGGAAUCAGUGAUGAUCCUCUUCUCCUGGGGCACUAACCCAUUGUUGUGUUGGUUCUGAUGUCAAUGUUACUGUAAUGUAAUUGUUUUCUCAUUUUUGCUCCCCCUCUCAUCAUACAAUGUAAUGAUUUUAUCUUUUCCUUUCUAAAGAGGCUCUUGUUCUGUGCCAAAUGUAUUAGUUCUUAAGUAGUUUUUGUAUAAAUAACCAUAUGUAAGAAUUGUUGAUUUCUAUAAUGAAUUAAAUACUGGUUUUGGGAGUGA